UGCAGUAUUUUGUCCACCAUGUUGUGGGUAGUAGUGUUGCUGAUUUGUGUGGUUCUCACAUAUAUAUACAUCAUCAAGCCCCACAGUUAUUGGAAAAGUAUUGGUGUUAAACAAGGCAAUCCUGUACCUUUCUUCGGUGAACACUGGAGGCUGGUUACUCGUACGCAAAGUUUCCCCGAAAUGAGUAUAGAUAUUUACAACAUGUUUCCAAACGCGAGAUAUUCCGGAUGCUAUCAAUUUUUAACACCCACACUUCUAUUAAGGGAUCCAGAUUUAAUCAAACAAAUAACUAUUAAAGAUUUCGACCACUUUAUGGAUCGUAGGUCUGUUAUUCCGGAAGAUAGCGAACCUUUGUUUUCAAAAAAUUUGUUUUCCUUAAGAGGUCAACAGUGGAAAAACAUGAGAGCAACUUUGAGUCCUUCAUUCACCAGCAGUAAAAUGAAGGACAUGUUUACUUUAAUUUCCGAAUGUGCUCAUGACUUUGUUGAACAUUUUAAAAACAAUCAUAAUCAGCACAUUAUUACAAUUGAAAUGAAGGACGCAUUUACUAGAUUUGCCAAUGAUGUAAUAGCUACUACCGCUUUUGGUAUUAAAGUUAAUUCAUUGGAAGACAGAACCAAUAAGUUUUACGUCAUGGGUAAAGAUAUCACCAACUUUAGUAACUUCUGGAGAGGUAUGAAGUUGCUUGGAUACUUUGCAUUCCCAAUGUUAUUUAAGCUAUUGAAAGUUAAAGUUUUUUCUAAAGAUGUGACUAUGUUUUUCAAAAGUUUGAUUUUGGAAACAAUAAAAACAAGGGAAGAAAAAGGAAUUGUGCGUCCAGAUAUGAUAAAUAUUUUAAUGGAAGCCAGAAAAGGUUUACAUAAAUAUGAAGAAAAUAGUGGCGAUAUUGAUACAGGCUUUGCAACAGUUCAGGAGUCUGAAAUUGGUAAAUCAAAUAAAAAUAUCAGUCUUACUGAUGAUGAUGUGACAGCCCAGGCUUUAAUUUUCUUUUUUGCUGGUUUUGAUGCUGUGUCUUCUUCAAUGUGUUUUAUGUGCUAUGAGUUAGGUGUAAACGAAGAUGUUCAAGAAAAGCUUCGAAUAGAAAUUAACCAGACGUUAGAGAAUUGUGGAGGAAAAUUAACAUAUGAGGCUUUAAUGGGAAUGAAGUACAUGGACAUGGUUUUAUCAGAAACUCUUCGGAAGUGGCCGAAUGCUGCCGGUAUGGACAGAGUCUGCACCAAACCAUAUACUAUAGAUCCAGCAUUGCCUGACGAAAAACCGGUACAUUUAAAGAAAAACGAUUUACUUUUCUUGCCCUUUUUCGGAAUUCACAGGGAUCCCAAAUAUUAUCCAUAUCCAGAAAAGUUUGACCCAGAAAGAUUUAGUGAUGAAAACAAAGGGAAUAUCAAACCAUACACUUAUUUGCCUUUCGGUGUUGGGCCAAGAAAUUGUCUAGCUUCAAGAUUUGCCAUUAUGGAAACGAAGGCUGUGUUCUUUUACAUUUUAUCUAAUUUCAAAAUAGUACCAGUUGACAAGUCGGUGAUUCCAUUGAAAAUUUGCAAAAGAAGCAUUAAUUUAAUGUCUGAGAAUGGAUUUUGGUUCGGUUUGGAAAGAGUUUAAACUCUUAUUUUUGUUUAUAUAAUUAAUUUUCUUUUUUAAACUGUAUUACAUUGUUUAAAAUGUACGCAUACAAUAUAUUUCUAUUUUGAAAAAAGAAAUGGGAUAUUUUCUUGAUACCAGUACUUAUUGGCAGAAAUGACCGUUACUGUAUAUUGACCUGUCGGUAGCAUCUUCGAGCAAUCUAACAUAACACUAUAUUUUUGAUAAAUCAUUUACCAUUGCAUAUCAUUAACUUCCAUGUAAAGUUGAGUAAGGAUUCAUAUUUAUUUUCAUUUAUUUGUAAUCUAUUAUGAGUAAUAUAUGUGGUUUUUGGAUGUGAUUGUGGUAGUGGGGAAUUAAGGUAAUUAGAUUUAAAAUUAGAUAGUAUUGAAGCUUAUUAGAGUUCAAACAAUUAACGACAGAUGAAUUUAAUACACAAAUAAUUAGAUUUUAUCACUGCGGGUUGAUGAA